AUGCAAAGAGUCGGGAUGAACGCUUUUGCCUUUGUGCUGUACUUGUCACUCCCGGGAGCAAGCGCGUACAUGUCACGGUAUUCCUGCAACACGACUGCAGACCUGUUCAAGAGGCAGGGUCUGACGUCAGAAACCUUCUUGUGUGCCCCCUACGUCAACUACACAGUGGCGUGCGACCUCGAUGACGACCCUGCUCUUGGCUUCAACCCUAGCUGCAACAACACGUUCGCCGUCCAGGUUUAUGCCAACUUUGAGAGGGCCCUCAGUGUCUACAGCUGCAGAGACUACAGCAGGAUCUGGACUUGUGACAACUGCACUGUGGCGUACAAGAGAUGGCUCUGUUCGGCGUUGUUCCGAAAGUGCAAUCAAGACUACGAGUGCCCCGAAAACUUUACAAGUGAAACAUUAAUGCAAGAUUUCGGGUCGUUGGCUGACGCGGACUCUGCAGGAACAAACGCAAGGGCUAUCCCCGACUGCGUCAUGAAGACUUGCCAGGAUGUCUGCUACGACGUGGUCCGGAAGUGCCCCGUCCAUCUCGAGUUCCGGUGCCCUCCGGUCAAAGAUCUUCGAGAGUACGACAUCCGGACCUGCAACAACUUGGAGAGGCCGUCGACAGACAACGUGAAUGCUCUUUCCUCUGCCUCCAGUCCCGCAUGCCCCAGAUGCUAG